UGUGGUCGGAAGACAUACUAAGAUGGCGGCGUUGGCGGAGGCGGGGGAGCCGGACCGGGACCAGGAGCAAGACCAAGAGCAGAACCGGGAUGGAUCGGCGGCUGGCGCUGCAACAACACCCGGCAACGCAGCAGCGGCAACCCGGGCCGUGCUGGAAGUGGCAAUCCCGGGCUCCCGACCUCUGGAACUGCUGCAGUGGAGUGUGAAGGUGGGAUGGCCGGUGCAGAUCGGCACGGUGCUGGCUCACUGCCAGCCCGUGGAUCAAGAGAGCGACGCCGAACGCGAAAGGCCCCGGUCUCGGCCCCAGGAAAAGCGGGUGAAAUCGGACCGGGCCGGGGUGGUCAAGGAGCUGUGCUGGCAACCGGGCCAAGUAGUGCCCAGCGGAAGCGUACUGGUUCGGCUUGAAGGAUGCAGUCACCCUAUUGUUAUGAAAGGCCUCUGUGCAGCCUGUGGUCAAGACUUGACGCAAUUGCAGAAGAAGAAUGGGAAGCAAAUGGUGCCCCUAUCCACAGCCACAGUUUCUAUGAUUCACAGUGUUCCAGAGCUAAUGGUCAGCUCUGAACAAGCUGAACAGUUGGGUCGAGAGGAUCAACAGUGGUUACACAAAAACCGGAAGUUAGUUUUGAUGGUGGAUCUGGAUCAGACUUUAAUCCAUACGACGGAGCAGUUGUGCCAAAAGAUGUCCAAUAAGGGAAUAUUCCAUUUCCAACUGGGGCGGGGAGAGCCAAUGCUACACACUCGACUACGACCUCACUGUAAAGAGUUUCUGGAAAAAAUAGCAAAACUGUACGAGUUGCACGUGUUCACCUUUGGCAGUAGGCUCUACGCGCACACAAUUGCAGGAUUUCUGGAUCCGGAAAAGAAACUUUUCUCACAUCGGAUUUUAUCAAGGGAUGAAUGUAUUGAUCCAUAUUCUAAAACUGGAAAUCUACGAAACCUCUUUCCAUGUGGUGACUCAAUGGUAUGCAUCAUUGAUGAUCGUGAAGAUGUUUGGAAGUUUGCACCAAACCUAAUAGCAGUGAAAAAAUACACCUACUUUCAAGGGACUGGGGAUAUCAAUGCCCCACCAGGAUCAAGGGAUGCUCAGGCAAAAAAGAGGGUAAACCAUUCCACAAAGCCUGCAGAGAGCUCGGAACAUUUGGCAUCUGUUUCUAUGGACGCUGCCAGCACGAGUGACAGGGCCAGUGCAGAGUCCGAGGCAACAGAGCAGAGUAAUGGUCUUGGGGAGUGUUUGAAGAAACAAAAUGGUAGCAGUGGUGUUGUAAACGAAGAACCUUCAAAAAGUGCUGAAUCCUUAAACUGUGGUCCUAGUAUCAGAGAUUCGUGUGACAAAGCAAACGAGAGGAAAUCUUUAUGCGAUGCCAGUGAUUCUUGCACCAAAACUGCUGAUGCUUCUGUGAAAGCAGAUGAAUUGGAACACUCACUUGAGUGUGGUGUUAGGGUGGCAGAAAGUAACAUGGAGCAACGCAGCAAGGAAGCUGAGAGUCACUUAACUCAGGUUAGUAGCGAGCUUGAUUUUGAUUUGUCAAGUGACAGUGACAGCGACUCACAGGAGGGCAAGAGAGACUCCACGUCACCUUCGCCUACUUCAAGUUUAGAUGCUGAGAAGGAGCAGAAGAGUUCGACUGAGCAGAAAUCUAGGAAACAAAGGAAAGGGGGACCCGUGCCGAUCAAAGCGAAGCUGAACCAUUCGGACAAGGAAAAGACGGGCGAUCUACCGGGGUGCGAUUCGCAGGAUAAAAACACUGAUCAAGGUCCUGAGGGGGAUGAUGAUCAGGACUCACUGGGUGAUGUUGGAAAUGGCUGCACCGAUAAGAAAGAGGCUGAAACCGAGUCUCAGAAUAGUGAACAGUCUGGAGUUACAAUGGGUGAGUCUCUGGACCAGAGCAUGGAUGUGGAAGAGGAGGACCAAGAUGAGGAUGACCACUUGAUGUACUUGGAAACAAUCCUGGUCCAUGUCCACACUGAGUAUUUUUCCCAGUACGACAAGUACCUUAAAAAGGAGAGACAAGUGCCUGACCUACGAAAGAUUGUUCCGGAACUGAAGAGCAAGGCACUUGAAGGCACGACAAUAAUAUUCAGUGGACUUUACCCCACAAACUACCCCAUAGAAAAGACAAGAGAGUGGUAUCAUGCCACUGCACUUGGAGCCAAGGUUAAAAAAACCUUAUGUUUAAAUCCCAAAGACCCCAACAGGACAACUCACUUAAUUGCAGCUCGACCUGGAACAGAGAAGGUUCGACAAGCACAAGCAUGUAAACAUCUCCAUGUAGUCAAUCCAGACUGGUUAUGGAGCUCUCUAGAACGAUGGGAAAGGGUUGAUGAAAAGUUGUUCCCAUUGAAAGAAGACUACAUCAAAACUCAAAGAAGCAACAGUCCUGCCAGUUUCCCUGAAGUUCAAGGUGAUUUCCAAACGCCGUUGUUUCAUCCAACUCCCAUUCAUCCGAAGCCUCAGCCAGGACUAGAAGUCCGCACUUACGAUCCCAACACAGGAAAGCUCAUCCGAAAAGAUUCUCAGGGAAACAGACAAUCAGUGUGUAUCCAGCCUCCAGCUCCACCAGUUACGUUAUCCGUUCAUGGAGAACAGUCAUCAUUCAGAGUUGUGCAGCCUCACCAGCAUCAGGUGAUAGAUGAAGAUGAACUGCCUAACUCCAGUCAGAGUGAAGAGAAGCCUGGCCCAUCUCGAGCUGGGGCCAGGAAACGUCAGCCCAGCAUGUCUGAGACAAUGCCCCUCUACACGCUCUGUAAGGAGGAUUUGGAGAGCAUGGACAAAGAGGUGGACGACAUCUUGGGUGAAGAUAGUGAUAAUGAAAGUGAGAACGAGAAAGAAGAGAAGAUGGAGGAGCAGUGUGAACAACCAAAGGAGGAAGCACCGCAGCAAGAUCAGCAGACAGUACAAAGUGGCGAAAGUGAAAACCAGAAACCUGAAAUAGAAACAAGACCUAAAUCGUCCUCAAGUGAAGAAAGCUUAACAGCCAGAGUUCCCAGGGGGCACAAGCGAAAGUUGGAAGAUGAUGGAGCGGGCAGCGAUUCCAGUAAGCUGUCCAGCAACGAAGACGACAGCAGCUCGGAGGCUGACGAGAUGGCAGCAGCACUUGAAGCCGAGCUGAACAAUUUCAUCUGAAGCAAGUGUUUGAAAACCAUUUACUUAAUGUAACAGAUCUCAGACUUUUAACCGAAGACCCUGGAAUGUUGUAAAUUUAUUGCCAAUCUGUAGCAUCAUUAUGUCAGAAUCAAUAACCAGAUUUUCCGAUGAAACCUUAUGCGAGUAUUCUUUUACGAAGGGAACAAAAUUCCUGUAUUUUUUUCCCCUCAUUUUAACUGUAAAGAAAAGGGGGGUCUUCAGGAUGCGCUGGGUUACAGUUGG